AUGCAAAUAAAGUUUUUAAACUCUUGCCUAUAGUCUCACACUAAUCUUCACAUUUAAUUAAGGUAAAAAUAUUAAAUUGUUAACAAAAUUAAUUACAAGAUCUUAGUCAAUAAAUAAAUAAUAAAUAUUUAAAAACUUUUAAAUCUUAUAAAUAGUAAUAAUUAAUAAAUGAAUAAUGAAGGAAUAUAAAAUUUCAGUUCUGCCUUAUCUAAAUGCAUUAAUAUCUAAUCUUUGCAACUAGAAAUGAACAAAAAUGAAAUUAGCUCUGAGAGCAUGUAAAAUUUAAGUUCUGGUUUAGCUAAAUGCAUUAAUCUCUAAACUUUGAGUCUUGAAAUCAGUGAUCAAUUAAAUGACCAAUCUGUAUCAAGCCUAUGUUUAGCUCUAUUAUAAUUCACUAAACUCUCGGUUUUGAAUCUCAGCCUAAAUUAGAACGCUUUUGGAAUAUUAGGUGUUUAAAGUUUAGCUUCUGCUUUAGAGAAAUAAGUCAAUCUAACAACUUUGAAACUUUUUUUAAAUCAUAACAAUAUUUCUGAAGAGGGAACUUCUAUUUUAGGUAAAGCUAUAUCAAACUGCAUUAAAUUGUCUACUCUAGUGCUAAGUAUAGUUUUUAAUUUAUUUGCUCUGAAACAAACAAAAAAAUUAGGUUUAAAUCUAUCUAACUGCACUGAAAUACAAGAUUUAUAGCUAAUUCUUGAUGGAUACUAAAUUGGAUAAGAUGGCAUAUUAGAGUUAAGCUAAAUAUUAACAAAUUGUAAAAAAAUAUCAUCCUUAUCACUUGAUCUUAGCAAUCAUAUUAUUGGAAUAGAAGGUGCAAAAAUCUUAAGUUCAGCUUUGAAACAAGUUGUUAAUAUCAAAACUUUAGAAUUAGUUUUCAGUUAUUGUGAUGUUGGCUAAAAUGGUAUAGAGUGCAUAACUUCUAGUUUAGAAAGCAAUAAGAAUCUGUCUAGCUUAUAACUGAAUUGUUGUGAAAGUAGUAUUGCAUCAUUUGGACUUUAAAAUCUUAGCUAAAAUCUAUCAAAAUUUAAUAAUCUCUCAACUUUGAAACUUAAUUUACAAUUUAAUUAAAUUGAAGAAGAAAGUACAUCAAGCUUAGGUUUUACUUUAUAAAAUUUAACCAAUUUAUCUAGCUUAUCUCUUGAACUUAGUCAUCAGAAAAUUGGAGAUAAAAGCAUGGAAGGAUUAAGUUUUGCUUUUAAAAAGGCAAAUAUUCUCUCACAUUUAUUUCUAGACUUAAGAUAUAAUAAAAUUGGAAACAGCGGUUUAUCAAGUUUAGCUCUUGCUUUAGAAAAUUGUUCCAAUCUUUCAACUUUGCUUCUCUAUUUUAAGUAGAAUUAAAUUGGAUCUUAAGGCAUAUUAGAUUUAGCUUCUGGAUUAAAAAAAUGCACUAAUAUUUCAAAACUGACUCUCAGUUUUAUACUAAAUUCUAUUUGUGAUGAAGGUGUUUAAGGUUUAGGUUUAGCUUUAACAAAUUGUACUCAUCUCACAAUUUUGAGACUAGAGCUAAGCCGCAAUAAAAUUAGCUAUUCUUGUGCAUCAUAUUUAGCUCUUCAAUUAAACAGUUGUGCUAGACUAUCAACAUUUAUAAUUGAGCUAAUGAUAUAGAUAAAGCACAAAAGCUGUAACUAAGAAAAGAAUAUUGCAAAAUAAAGAGAUUAGUGA